CUUCCCGCUCAUUGUCACUUCGGAAUCGGACGUGACAGCGAUCUCCGACAGCUUCAUAUCUUCUAAGUUCGACUUGUGAAACGUAACAAGAUGCUAUCAGAGCCCAUCCGGUUCACACCGGUGCAGCUCUACGAGAACGAGCGAGAAGAUCUUAUCAAGCUCGCGCACGAGCAGUAUAAAACUUUAUUCAGGAACGUCCGCUUCGCACAGGCGAACGGGUUCGCCACGCAGGUCCGUGCGUUCGCCCGCACGACGCGCGCCACCGUCUGCGCCGAAACGAGGAUCCACGCCACCAUCCCGGAACUGGUCGACGUGUUCCUUGGAGACCGUACCAAUGCUGCGAUCGGGUUUGCCCAGUCGCAACAGAUCUACCGGUUCCUGGCACCGACGGACGAGCAUCCGUACCGAAGUUGUGGGAUGCGCUGGUCGCUGUGGCACUCGCCGUCGACGCUCAUCCGGCAGCGAGAUAUCGUCUACUUGGAAUACAUGGACACGUUUGUGGACGAGCGCGGACGUCGCGGAUGGGCGCGGAUGACGCAGUCGCUGGAACAUCGAAGCUGUCCGCCGCUUAUGGGCUCCCAUAACGUUGUUCGAGCGUUUUUACAUUGCUGUGGCACGGUGUACACGGAGACGGACGACCCGAAGGUCCUGGAAGCUGUCACGUACUAUGACGCUGAUACACAAGGAGUGCCUCCUUGGAUGACCAAGAUCGUGGCCAACAGGAAGGCUAAAAACCCGCACAACCUCGAACAUCUCAUCCGUCUCGAACAUGUCAUGAAAGAGGGAGUAAAUUCGGACUUGAGGAAGCAUUUGAACUCCAAAGUGUGUGUCGGUUGCAACGCGGGGCUUCCGAAAUGGGGACGACACCGCAAGUGUCGGGACUGCUGUGAGGUACGAACGGGGAAACGGAUUAUUUGUGUUUUAUUUGUUUUAGUGGUAAUUGAUAGGGUGUGUUGUAGUCUAUCUGUAAGAGCUGCAGUGACGUGGUGUACUGCGCUAUUCAAGGGCGAAGGAAGCUCAACCGAAUCUGUGUACACUGCGUGGACGACUUCUUAGCACGGACUAACCGACAGCUGGAGCUCACGUUGCCGUCGAGUGUAUCAUUCCAGUCGGACGACGUUAGUACUCCAGGCAGCUUAAGCGGGAGGUUCAUGUCGAUCGACAGCGUGGAGGUCAGUACAAUUGGUAGCACAACCCCUGCGGACUUGGCUUUCAGGUUCGAGCAGAGCGGAGAGAAAUUUAACUAGCAGCUACUCGAGUACGGCGGGGUCUGAGAGCGACAAGUUGGUAGGAAGUGAUCGAGAUAGGAAGCCUCUACAGAAGACACGGAGUCGCUAUGCCAUGUCUGAUGGCGCUUCGACGACCACCGUGGUGGACUUGUCGUAUCUAAGAAACGUAUAACUAGUGAUGAUUGUUGACAGGUAGUUCAUCGUCCAGGGCAGUAAAAUUCGAUCGAAGAAAUUGUAACGAAUGACGUAGUGAUGUCUGGCAAGG